AUGGAAACAAUAGCCCCUUCCGAUUGGAUGCUUCGUGAUCUUGUUGGUGGUCUUCGCCGCCAUCAGUCCUGCCAAUCGCAAAACGUGUCUUCACAUUUCCAUUCCAUCCAUCUAUCGCCGUCGUAUGAACGAGCGGAAAGUGCUCCUAUUUUAUUCGUAUUUUAUAUUUGCAUAGAAUCAGUGUCCUUGUUGUGUGCUUCUACCCAGACGGUGCAACCGUAUAGUUACAUGUGACAAUUUUGCCUUCCUGGAAAUGAAAUUACAUGGCUCGAUUGAAGUGUUCCUUGAUGUGGCGGUGUCGUCGGCAGCAGCGGCCAGGAUUUUGCUCUUGAUGCUCAUCGUCAUCGGAACUGUUCCAGCGGCUCUGGUCCCCGGCAGAUGGCAUACGGACAAUACGUUGAUUGAUGGCCCCGACAUGUGUCCAGCCGGAACUACGUGUGUCCGGCCUUUGAGAUGUCCAGCGGCCAUGGAGCUGUACUGGAGUAAUUUGACUCUGGCAAUCGAAAGUGGCACCGUUGGCAGCUACCCGACGUCUCCCCUGGAGCUAGCCUACCAGCGUUGCUGGAUCGUUACCGGCAGCAGUGACCGGACGGAGCACGAAGGCAUCUGUUGCCAGAUGGACCCGUUGCCCGAGGAGGAUGGACGCCUGACCGAGGACAACGACGAGACGGUUGCGCACAAUGGCUUAGGUUUCGUUCCGCAAGAGGAGGAUGACGAAGCGGACGAGGAGGAGCAGGCAUCGAAAAGUAAUGACAUCAAUCACGGAAAAAGCAACAUUCGAAAGAGAGCGAUUCCGGAUUAUGGCCAGUUAAUCGGAUCCGACUUCCCUUCGCCAAACCGAUCGCACAUCCGUACCAAACGCUGCAUCGUUGGCCCGGAAUGUAAGGUCACGCACCACCGCUACCGUCGAUUCGACGGAAAGUGCAACAACAUCGGUCCCGGCAAGUCCCUCUGGGGCUCGGCGGGAUACCCGAUGGAACGGGUCCUCCCUCCAACGUACGGAAAUGGAAUAUCAUCAUCCCGUGUCCUGUCACACGAUGGCCGAUACCUUCCGAGUGCUCGGGUCGUGUCGGACAGCAUGUUCAUAGACUUGCACGUUCCGCAUCGAAAGCAUAACGUUCUUAUGAUGCAGCUGGGACAAUUUCUCGUGCACGACAUCAGCCGGAACAAAGCCGGCGCCACUGAUGCCAAGUGCUGUUUGCCAGACAACAGCCAUCGGGACCCGCAUCCCUCUCCGGCGUGCUCGCCGAUUCGGGUUUCCUUCAAGGACACGUUCUACUCGCAGUUCAACGUGAAAUGUAUGCACUUUGUACGGACGGCGAUGGCUCCCCUAGACCGUUGCCAGGUUGGCCAUGGACGGCAAGUUUCUGAGGUCACUCAUUUCAUCGAUGGGUCCGGGAUAUACGGGAGCUCCAAGAAGGUCGCCAAUGAACUUCGCGCGCAUCAAGGAGGGCGUUUGAAAUCAAUGGAACAUCGGCAUAUGCAUAACGAACUGCUACCGCUGGAGGAGACAGAGGGGGCCUGCAACAAGAAAGCAAGAGCAUGCUUCAAAGCGGGCGAUAAUCGGUUAAAUCAGGUCGUUACGCUAGUUGCGUUCCAUACGCUGUUCCUACGGGAACAUAACCGCAUUGCGAGGACGUUGGAGAAGAUCAAUCCCCACUGGAAUGAUGAUAUUUUGUUUCAUGAAACCCGCCGGAUUGUAAGCGCUGAGUUGCAACAUAUCAUCUAUAACGAGUACCUGCCGAAAGUCGUUGGACCGGACUUCAUGGAGAUGUACGAUUUGCAUACAUCUCGGGGGUACAGUAAGUUCUACAAUCCGGAGAAGAACCCGGCCCUUACGAGUGAGUUUUCGGCUGCUGCAUUCCGGUUUGGACACUCGACUAUUCCAGGGCAAUUUGCAUUCCCAAAAGGACAGGUGAACACGCACGAUACCUAUUUUGAUCCGUCCAGCUUAACCGAGCCGAAAUUUUUCGACGAACUAUUCCACGGCAUAAUGACGCAACCGAUGCAGAAGGUGGACGACAUGUUUACCCACAGUAUGACGUGGUUCCUGAAUCCCGAGGAAGGACAGCCGUACGGAAAAGAUAUUGCAGCAACCAACAUCCAACGGGGACGGGAUCAUGCCAUCCAGUCCUACAACUACUACCAGCAUCUGAGCGGACGGGAAGCCAAGCGCAGCUUCGCCGACUAUGGGCCAGCGCAUGGCGAAAAACUGAGUCAGAUGUACUCCCGUCCGGACGACGUCGAUCUGUACGUGGGAGGCAUGCUGGAACAUCCUGUCCGGGGAGGAGUGGUGGGGCCCACGUUUGCCGAAAUCAUUAGCGAUCAAUUUUCCCGACUCAAGCAGGGCGAUCGGUACUUCUAUAGCAAUGGACCGCGGACGAAUCCGGGUCAUUUAACGAAACCGCAGCUGCAGGAACUGCAGAAAAUUACCCUGGCCGGAGUGCUGUGCGCCAAUGCGAACGAUAAGAAGAGCUUCGAGGUGGCACCGGAAGCGCUCAAUUUACCGCAUGCCGAAAAAAAUCCACUUGUAUCCUGUCGUUCCAAACUUAUCCCCCGGUUGAAUCUGAAGUGGUGGAAGGAUUAAAGGCCAAUUGCCGUACAGCGAUUGUUGUAUUUAAUGUGUUUGUUAUAUUGUUAUAAUAUAAAGUCGAUUUUUUAUGUGUGCAUGUUAUGCGUUAGCAAUAAAGGCAA